AUGUUAAAAGUUCUAGUUGAUUUAGAUAUUUAUGACAAUAUAGAUGAUGAUGAUUUGUUACAAAUAGAUGAAGUGGAAGUAGAAAUGAGUGACAAUACAUUAGACUUAAGUAUUACUGAAUUAUUAGUUAAUAAAAUAAAGUCCAAAAAACAUUCAAUUUGCUAG